CGCAAGUGAUAUAAGGUUGGGGGUUUUGGAAAGUAGGGUUGGAUAGGCGAGAGAAGAGAAAUGAGAAGCAUCGGCAGACUCAAGUCGCUGUGCACCUCCGUCCAUGGUGGAAUGAAGCUCAGAGCUCAGACGCAUUCCUUUACUUUAAUUCGCCAAUACUCUAACUCGAGUGAAGACCCGGUCAAAAUCAUUGUGGAUCUGCGCUCGUCCUGCACCGGCUCUGUGGAAUUGAAGAAGAAGCUGGAGCAUUGCGGCGUCGCAGCCUCGCCGGAGCUAGUGGUAGAGAUUCUUUCGCGUUUCCGCAACGACUGGGAAUCCGCCUUCACUUUCUUCCUCUGGGCAGGAAAGCAGCAACCCCAUUCGGCGCGUGAGUACCACUCGAUGAUCUCCAUUCUGGGCAAGAUGAGGAAGUUCGACACCGCCUGGGCUCUGAUCGACGAAAUGCGCCGCCCUUCAGGUUCUUCUUCCACUCUUGUCACUCCCCAAACUCUGUUGCUCAUGAUUCGAAAAUACUCUUGCGCUCGUCAUGUGGGCAAGGCCAUUCACACUUUCUACUCUUACAAGCGCUUUGCUUUCGAGGCCGGCAUGGAUGACUUCCACGGCCUCCUCUCUGCUCUCUGCCGCUACAAGAAUGUUCCGGAAGCCGAGCACUUGCUUUUCUGCAACUCACACGUCUUCCCCUUCAACACUAAGAGCUUCAACAUUGUUCUCAACGGCUGGGCUAAUAUCAUCGGCAGUCCCCGCAAUGCUGACAGGGUUUGGGCUGAGAUGAUUAGCCGAGGCGUCCCCCGCGAUGCCAUUUCCUACUCCUGUCUCAUUUCCUGUCAUUCCAAAUGCUCCAAUCUCACCAAGGUGCUCACUAUCUUCCGGCGCAUGGAGAAAUUCAAUGUUGAGCCUGACACCAAGGUUUACAAUGCCCUCAUUUACGCCCUUGGAAAAGCCGGCCACCUCAAAGAGGCUGCCAAUCUCAUGAAUACCAUGCAGGAAAAGGGUCUUGCCCCCAACAUUGUCACUUACAACUCUCUCAUUAAGACCCUCUGCAAGGCCAAGGAAAUCGAUCAAGCUAAACACAUCCUUUACCAAAUGAUGGAGCAAAGAGGCCUUGUUCCGACAAUUCAGACUUACCAUCCCUUCUUCCGUGUUGUUCAAAACGAGGACCAAGUGUUUGAGCUGUUGGAAAAGAUGAAAAGCAACGGUUGCCCUCCAAGUACUGAUACAUACAUAAUGCUGAUUCGGAAAUUCUGUCGAUGGGGCCAGCUUGAUAAUGUCUUCAAGGUGUGGAGCGAGAUGAGUGAGAAUGGACCCGGUCCUGAUCGUAGCUCAUACAUUGUGCUCAUACAUGGGCUCUUUCUGAAUGGGAAGAUGGAGGAAGCCCACAAAUAUUAUACAGAGAUGAAAGAUAGACACUAUUUGCCGGAACCAAGGACAGAAGAAAUGCUUCAGGCUUGGUUGUCUGGUAAGCAGGCUUCCAAAUUUCAAACAACAGAUGGAGAAAUCGAUCAAGUGGAUUCUACUCAGCCAGCUACAAAUACUAAACUAGUAAUCUCCAGGAAAUCUCAUCUGGAAAAAGAUUUCCUUCGUCAACCUGAAAGUAGGAAAGUUGUAAGAGAACGGGGAUUUUCGUUCUGGGAGCAGUAGGGCUAUUUGAAAUGAGAGAUGUCAACAUGGCAUGGUCUGUGUAUCUACAUAGAGCGGCAAUUAGUCUGCAAGCUUGAGCAUCAGAAUUCCAUGAGCUUUUGAAGGGGUGAAUGACCCUCGUGCUAGCCAUCACUCUGUACUUUGGCAUCCGCUCACUGGUUGUGUUGUUCGCAAGCAACUGGCUGAAUCAUAGAGCCCAACACCAGGCACUAUUAUAUUUCCUUAAUUGACCAGGAUUAGGAAUAAAAUAUUCUGUGGUUAUUAGCAUCACUAUCAUCAAAGAGAUAUUAAGACCUACUGGUAAAAUACUUGAUUCUACCAAUGCUUACUACAGUAGUUGCUUUAGGAAAACGUCAUCGGCUGGAACCCAACUAUACAUUUCUGCAAGGACCAUCUGUUUUCUUGUAUGUGCUUACUUUCCUUUCUUGUAUGAUGAUGAUUUGUACAGAUGUUUUUUUGUUUGCUCUGUCUUGUGGAACAAAGUCGCAUUCUUUGACCAAUUAUGAAAUGUCAUAUAUACGUAUUCACUACUUCCAAUUCUUUUGUAUUUUAUAUAGGAUACAUCAGUGCGCACAUGUAUUGGUUUGCAAAAGUAGGGAAGUAUAUAGGAAUGAUCAUUAAGGAUUAAGGUCGACCUAUUUGGAGGUUCUGGUAAUUGUUUUCCAAUUCAAAGAAUUGGGGAAUCUGACUAGUCUCUGCUUCUGUAGUAAAGUAGAUGCCCAUAAGUGCUCCAAUUUUUUCUUUUGCGUUAUCAAAGAUCCAUUCUAUUCUUAACCUUCCAGUUAAAUAAAAAAAUUCCAGUGAACAAUCUCCCCAAAACUAUCCACAGUGCAUCCUUGUGGAUAGUUUCUGAUUUUCCUUGGGUCUAACGGAGGGGUAACUGAAUAUCUGAUACUUACUUUUUAGACUUUCGAUGAAAGUUUGGAGGACUAAUAAAACAAAAUUAGAUCGGUAGGCCUCCAAAAAUGAAGCAGUUUAUUUUGAGGAGUAUUUGCUCAAAUAACCUAAAUCUGUGUAACAAAAAAAAUUGCUUUAUGCUUAAUGAACUGUCUUUUACUAGCUUGU